ACUAACGAUCAUACUUCGUACUAUCUCUCCAGAGUGCCGCUAUUCGUCAGCUCUCGUCGAUUUCGACUCCGUGUGUAGUUACAGAGGCUGAGAGAGUCCAGGUUCACAUUCCCGUCCGGUCGGGUCUUUAUAGCAGUUGCUUCACCUAAGCAGGAUGGCUAUUAGGAACUGACCGACCAUAGAAGAUGAGGGUGAAGCUGUUUCGGGAUUCGUUCGAUACCCCCUGGGGAUUCCGUCUACAGGGCGGUAGGGACCUGAACCAGCCCCUUGUAGUACAGAGGGUUUUUUCGAACACUCCCGCAGAGGGAGAACUUCAGCGAGGAGAUAUUUUUCUCGAGAUAAACGGGAGAGACGCAGAAGGAUUUACACACAAACAGGCUUUAGACCAGAUCAAGUUUGGCGGAGGGCAAAUCGAACUCUUGAUAGAAAGACCGGCUACACCAAACAUCAACCCUCUUCAUCCUCAAAGUCCAACACGAGCUCCAUCUAACCUCCCGGCUGUCUUACCUGGUGCGAUCCAGAUUCCUAUAAAGAAGCGACCAGACCCGGUAUACGCAGCCCCCAGCAUGCCACCACCACAGAACACAUCCGGGCACCAGCCUAAAAAAAUAACACUCAACCAGUUCGGAGGCGGUACCACUAAUUAUGGUUCCAGCUACGGUAAGCCCUCGGUGAAAACCGGGUGGUCCCCGCAAUCACCCCCUUCCUCCCAACAACAGUAUUCCCCUCAUCCCAAUAUGAUGGUGCGUGUCCAGGAUAGUCUUGAUAGUGCUCUGUCACCCAAGUCUUUCUCCUCGUACCAGCAGCCCGUUCAACACCAAGCUCCUCCUCCAAUGCGCCAGUUCAGUGCCGGGCCAUCCUUUCCCACUCAAGCUGUGUCUGCGGCACAGGCAGAACUGCAGGACCAACAGCCCAGUUAUAUCCGGUCAAGUGACCCUGUGCCCGAGGAGGAUUACACGUAUAUCCCUGUAUCACAAAGGAAGCAGACAUUUAAUUCUAAACCUGCACCACCACAGCAGGACAUGCGUUAUAAUAACGGCAACAACGAGUUCCAAGAGGUUGCUGAGGAGGAGGAAGAUAAUUAUCCAACAGCUCCAGUUUGGGAACGACGAAAAAUGUUUGGUCAAGCAGCACCGGCUAAGAAAGCUACCCCUAAGGGUCGAAAGGGGCCGAAGCCGUUUAAACCUCAGUCACAGGACGCUGUUGCUUUUGGAGUGGAUUAUACCAAGGUCAGUAAGCAGCCCGAGCCCCCGAGGUUCCAGCCCGCGGCCCCACCACCACCGCCGCCACCAGUUCAGUCGAAACCGGUAAACUAUAGCGGUGACACCACGGAUGGAUAUGAUAAGGCACCUGCAUGGUCUAGCUCGUUGAGAUCCUCCAACGUCAUCAAACCUUGGGAACUGGAACAACAGGAGAGCUUCAUGCCUUCUCAGAACACACCCCAGCGAGGAGCCCCGCCCUCCGUCAGCCCCAAACCGACGUCGCCAAGACCCCCUCCACAGGCUCCGGUCCAGAGGCAGCUCUCCGUCAGGAUGUCCUCCACUGCAACGUCCACCGGGCCCGCCCCCGCCACCACCAAAACUGGAGAACGUGACUGGAGUGAGUCGCACGUGUACCGGAUGUUGCACGCUCAGAAAGAGCCACCAGCAUCGCAUUCGGCGCCCAUGGUGAACACCAAGCCCCCACCACCUCCGAUGUCCUACAAGCCCGUAGCACCUCCACCUCCACAAAAGCAGUACCAACAACAAGCCCCGCAGAACAACUACGCCUUCGACGAUAGCUUCGGGACGUCGGACUUCUAAGUGAGGAUUGUGUUGGCAGCAUGCUAUCCUCAAGGCCACUUCCGGUGCUGCAACUUAACUAUUAGAGGUUCUCGGCCAAUGUUAUAAUGAGAAGAGGCGGUGACAUGUGAAGUAUUCAUAAGCAUUUUGUAAAUUAUAAAGACCAUCCUUGUCCAAGCUACCUUGGCCCAUUGCUUUGAAGCGAAACAUUUCUCAUUAUACUUGGAUUCAUGCAAAGCUUUGAGUUUUGAGGUGUGUAGUGACAUAUCCGGUCUAUUUAGAGAAAACAACGUUCUUCCGGGAACUUGUUAUUUUGACAAAUCGACAUGGUGCUGAUUGAAGUGUCUAGAUAAUGAAGUUAUAAUUACAAUGAAUUCCUUCGUGUUGUGGAUCGAAACAAGAAAUAUGGUCUAUGUUCAUCCACCAUACAAAGGGCAAUGUCUUCCACAGAACGGGAAGACUAUUAGAUAAUGAAGUAGAAACUUCGGGAAAUCAAUCAAUUUUAAUGAGAUUUCGAUAACAUUGGUAUUUAUAUAAUUGUUAUACCGUUUGGUCGGACUUGAAGAAAAUGUGCAAUAUCAUAUUUAUUAUACAUGUUUUGUGUGACGACUAGUUACACGCUUCCUGUGAUUGUACUUUAAGUGUACUUAUUUAUAUUAGAAAAAUUGACUUAGAUGUUCACAGACUUAUGUUAGGAUGUAACGAUGAAAUAUAGUUGGCGGCCCAUUGGCUUACUAACAGACGGUCAUGUGAUGAGAUUGGACAUAGGAAUCGCUUUUGUGUGCUAUUGUAGUAUUUUCCUCCUUCCUGGAAUGUUUAUAUACAAGUUUAUGCCAUAAAAUAAGAUUGUGCAAUAAAUAUUUUAUUUGUAAAUGUGACACAUUAACAGAUCUUUUACACUUUUAAUUUAUGUUUAUAUCGAGAUGCAAAAGGGAUAUAUCAUACACGGCAAAUAUUGAUGAGCUAAGACGUAUAUAAAAUAAAGUGGUCUAUCAUAGUC